AUGGUAAGAGCCUCUACUGUAAAGAGACCUUUAUGGUCCUAUCUUGUCCCUUUAACGUACACCAGCCGUGUGCACCGCCUUGCCUAUCAUGCCCCCAAACUUAUGUUCGGCGUUGCGGCGACGGCUAUUCUCAUGCGGCAGUCGUAUUAUCGCAGUUCCCUCGCAGACGAGGACGAAAAGACAUUUGAUCGCAUCGACCGCCGCGCGUACGUCGCACUUCCCGAUGGACGCAUGGCGCUGGUGUAUCCCAUCAUUGAUACGCAGAUGACACCAACACGUGUGGUCUUGUCAUUCCUCGAUGCCAUCAAUCCUUUGCCGUAA